CACACACACACACACACACACACACACACACACUGCUUUUCACUGGCAGAGCCACCCACGAGGAGGAGAAAGGUGAGAGUGCAGUGACACCAUAACAUUCAAGCUGGUUAAGGACAUAAAACAGAGGGAAGUGGCGAUUGGGAUCAUUGAUCAAUGUUUGAAUGCGUGAAGGUGCGUGUGUGUGCGUGCAUGUGCGCGUGCAUGUGCAUGUGCGUCUACGUACUCUGUGUCUGUGUGUUUGAUGGCUCAGAUUCAGUUGAGAGUCGUCUGGAACAAUGCGCACCUGUCGGCUACUGUCACCUUCACCAGAUCUGUCCGUGUUGACUGUCAGUGAGCGGCUCGCGCGCGCGGCAGUGCCCAGUUAUUACAGGUGCACCCGUCGCCUGUAACAACUGAAAAUCAGGACUUGAAUUGAAAUCCGCAAUUAUAUUGACAAUUUGUUUGCAUUACUAUUUGUUUGCUAUUUGUAUUACUAUUUGUUUGCAACGUCUAAUUUCACUUCGAGAUCACAGCUUUAAGUUUAAACACUCUUAAUAAAUAAAGACGUAUUAAACCAGACGCGUCUCUUCUCAAACUCGGGGUGGGAUUUAAAAAAAAAUCGCUCGGCACUUGUCGGCGUGUUCGCCGCUGCUGCGCAUGCGCCAGUGGCACUUUCACUACCUGCCACACAAUCCUGUAUUUCACAUGGGGCAAGCGGGACUUAUCAUUCACUCGCGUAAAUGCUGCUGCUGAGUGGUGGUUGACAGUCUCGGGCGACAAGAGGAACACAGGGGCGCGUUUCUUUUUUGUCCCGCUCUCUCCCGCUCGCUAAAGGCGCAUCGGUGGCGGUGUCACCAUGAAGAAGAAAACAUAAGUUGCGCACUAUACGGACGCUGCCACUUGUACUUUUGAGAAGAUAAUCAGCGCUGUGAUGAAGAACUGAAGUCUCGUCGUGCGUGCGAACAUGUCUAAACCGAUGGAUCACGUCAAACGCCCGAUGAACGCUUUCAUGGUUUGGUCCAGAGCCCAGCGCAGGAAAAUGGCUCAGGAGAACCCGAAAAUGCACAACUCCGAGAUCAGCAAGCGGCUGGGAGCCGAGUGGAAACUUCUCACCGAGUCCGAGAAGAGGCCGUUCAUCGACGAAGCCAAGCGGCUGCGAGCGAUGCACAUGAAGGAGCACCCAGACUACAAAUACCGACCGAGGCGGAAGCCCAAGACGCUGAUGAAGAAAGACAAGUUUUCCUUCCCGGUGCCCUACAACCUGGGGGAGCACGACGCGCUCAAAGUCAACGGGCUUUCGGCUGGAGCGCUUUCUGACUCCGUCAUUGGGAACCCGGACAAGGCGGCGGCGGCCGCGGCGGCCGCCGCCGCGCGCGUUUUCUUCAACCCGGCCAUGUCCACGAACCCCUACUCUUUUUUCGACCUGGGAUCCAAGAUGACCGAGCUCUCCCCGCCCUCGUUUCCGUACGCGUCCCCGCUGGGCUACCCGCCGGGAGGCGCCACCGCCUUCUCCGGGACCGGCAGCGUGGGCGGCGGGACGCACGCCCACACCCACUCGCACCCGUCCCCGGGAAACCCGGGCUACAUGAUCCCGUGUAACUGUACGGCGUGGCCCUCAGCGGGACUCCAGCCGCCCUUGGCCUACAUCCUGCUGCCCGGCAUGGGGAAACCGCAACUCGAACCGUACCCCGCGUACGCCGCGGCGUUAUGAUAGGACUACUGCGAGAAAGAAAACGAACAAACGCAAACGCUACUCAUGCAAGAGUUUUAUUAUGCAUGCACAAACUUGUACAUGUGAUGAAGUGCUCGUCGUCUCAGAUAUCACAUGUGUUUGUAUAUUGAUUAAUGCCUUUAUCUAAGGUAAUGCUUAUUUAGAGAACUCUCUAAUCUAUUACGACCCAGUCACCGCCUCUCACAACCAGAGGACGCGGAGGACUGAAGGACGGCAGACGUGCACGAUUUGAGGGGGGGGGUCAGCAAUUUGUGACGACUCGUGCACAGCUUGAUUCCUGUCUCGUUGCGAGUUGUACCUGUUGGAACCGAGGGCAGCAGACGCAGUGAGCAGAUUGAUCACGCGACCACUUCCUCCCACGCAGGCGAGUUUGCUGUAGGCUAAUAAUUCACGGAUCACGGAGGACUGUCAACGUUUUCUCACCCGGACUGACUGUAAAUGUGUACAGACCCAAAUGACUCUAGUUUAUUCGCCCUCCUAGGCUUAGUGUUUGAGACGGGGCCAGGAUCCUGCGUAUUUAGAAAUCCGCUGUAUAUUUUGAGUUUUUAAACCGUUUUAUAGAUGUCUGUAAUAUUUAUUGUUUAGUGGAAUCUAUGGUGACCCAGACAAUUUUAAAAAGGACAAGACUAGUUCUGUAUUAUUUGCACAUGAAACGUAGAUUAUGUAAUUUAUUUUGAAAGUGAUAUCUAACUUCAGUGCGUUGCAACUUUCAGGUUUGACUCACCAGACCUUUUUUAUUAUUAUUUUUCUUAAACAGUUAAAAAAAAGAGAAAGAAAUCCAGAUGGAAGUUCAUUCCAGGAGCUGAUCAUCUUGACCCCCCCCCCCCCCCCCUCACACACACACACACACACACACACACACACUCCUCGUAUCAUGUGCAGCAGAAAAAAACGUUUUUAACUAACUCUUAUGGAAUUUGUAUGUUUUGUGUUUUCUUUAAUCCGUUAUGUACUUCAGCCUAUUGCUACUGUUCACUUGUUGAGCAAAGGACUACAAUAAAGCGUAUUCGGAUUAAAACGACGGGGAAUCGCGGCUGUAAGUUCUUGAUGAGACGAACACGAUUGUUAUCUUUUCUUUUCCUGCUCCUGCUCCUCAGUCCAGGUGAAGUGUAAGGUAUCCUCCAAAGGCCGCUUUUGUCCGCGCUUUCAAAGGCAUUACUGGGGAAAUCUAAAUCAGCUCAUUGUAAUCGGGAGCCAAAACCUUAUUUAUCACAAUUUUAAUCGUGAAUAGGAAGGAAGAUAAAACUGCGCGGUGCACUGAGCUUACUUUUCCCAGGACCGGAGCAGGGAGAGAGGCUCGGGCUGCACAACAGGCUCGUCUUUGAGGCUGAGGUCUUUAAAACGAGCCUCAGAUGAGUGCGAGCUCGCGUGUCUGAAACGAAAACCCAGGUAUAUUUAAUAUCAUCUAAAAGGGACAGACUCUUACCAGACACGCCGAUCACCUGUCUUUGGGAGCGCGCGUCCUCGCGUGCGCGCGCAUAGCAGGUGUGCGUGUGUGUUUCUCCUUAUUGGAUCUGUAACGUGUAAAGUGUGUUAUUCAAGCAAGCGGCCCCUCCUAGAUUACACCGGGAGAUUAAUUCAUAAGGAUCAGAGCGAUUAUGCAAAACUAAUUUGGACAGUCCAGGGAUAAUUAUCUCGGUCACGGUUAAUUAAACCCUUUCACCGCUAUGUUCUCCAUUGUAACACCCCGAUCACUUCUCUCCACGGAACUUCCUUCUUGGCCCCGAAAAUAACGCGCAAGUGACCUUGUGCUGCAUUUAUGGUCUAGAAAAAAAACUGGGAGCUGUCAAAUCUGGUGCUAUUUAAACUCUACGUCAUCUUAAAAUUUCUCUCGAAUUUGACCACAGGCCUUUAAAUAUCUGUUUGAUUUAUUUAAGUUUUUAUAAUUAUUCUACGUUUAUUCUUUCUUUCAAGACAACCACAUCAGUAGAACAUGUGAUCUAAAUAGCAAAAUGUAAAGGAUAUUGUUAUUUAUAAUGGAUUUUUUUAGGUGUCAUACGCUGAUCACAGUGCAGAGAAGGUCGUCAGGUCUGUGAAAGAACUUUCAUUACGAUUUCAGUGGCCAUUUCUUUCUCUUUCUUUGGCCUUUUUAUUAUAUUUUUUCUCCAGGAAAAGGGGGAAGAAAGCUGAAAGAACUUUUUUCAACUCUGGGAGCGUUUAGACGGUCGAGAAGGUUUUGUCUGGGAACAAAACGUGGGUUGGGAGGUUUUGUGAGAGUGUUGUUUGUUGAAGUGGAGCUCAGCAAAAGCGGCUGCUUUCUCUCAUUGUGAUGAAAGCAAUCAGUGGUAUUUGGAAAACUGUUAGCAUUGUGCACUUCUUCUGUGUCCAUUGUGGAGGAUUUCUUUUCACAAGGUUUUUUUUUCAGCCGAUCCAGCUGGCCGGAGUGAAUAGCACUGCAAUGUGUACACGCUUUGUCCCUCCAAGCCCUUCAAGUAGCCCACAUUGAAUAGAGUGAGUUGACACUGCAUGACAGUGAAACAACAUAAUAAAAAAUACAUGAGCGCAUGAAUAGGAGCAGGCGCAUAAAUAAAUAAAAUGGGUGGCCAAAACUGGAUAAACUGAAUGACAAAACGGUGAAAGGCGAACAAAAAGAUAUUUAACACGCCAGAUUAGCAUUAGAAUGAAAUCUACAAGCCAGAACAAUUGAUGAAUAGGUUUACCGGCCAAGAAAGAAAUGGACUAAAUGCCUUUUGAAUAGAUAGCCUAUGUUUUUUUUUUCUGUCUAAGACGGGAGAUGAAUGUUCAAGGUGGAGAUGCAACUAUGGAAAAAAAAAUGGAGAAACUUUUUUUUUGCUGAGAAAUGUUUUUAAAUCCCUGAUUCAAAGAGCCUCGACACACCAGGGGCGAUAAAACAUAAUUCCCAUGAUGCUAUUAUGCUAAAUAUGUAAUUCUUGUAAAAUAGUUUAUUUAAGAAAACCAAAUAAAUACCCUCAGCAGAAAUCAUGUCUGUGGCUUUUACACUCAGAGUUUGGACUUUCUUGCACCUUUUUUAUCAUGCAGUCCUAGUUUUUUUUUUUAAAUAAAUCUAAUGAGUAAACCUUGUUAAAAACAAAUUUAAAUAUAAAUAUAUAUAGUAAACACUCCCAAACCAGAGCUGCUCUGAGGAGCUGAUUUGUGGGAAUAAAUCAUUGCAUGGUGAUAAACAUCUGGCACUGAUUUAGAAAAUAAGAUGCUGAAGAAAAUAUACAAAAACGUGCAUAAAACCAGUGUUGUUGUUUUUUCUAAUUACAUAAAAACUUUUCUUAAACGUUUAAAAGGUGCUGUAGCAGCCGUCGCGUCUUCUCCUAUGGCAUUCAGAGAUUAGGAACCUGAAUACCUGCUCUUCCUGUUAAAGUGCUCAUUGAACGUGAAUAAUAAACAAAGCAGAUAGUUGCAAAUUUUAUAUGAAAGCUUUUUCUAUUUAUUGUUUGCAAAGAAUAGGAACAAAUUAUUUAUUGCAGCAUUUUAAAAAUCAAAAAAAAUGAUCAAACCCCUAAUCCCAAAAAACUCAGUGAGUCACUGUGUGGAUUUAGAAAUAUAUAUAUAAAUAUAAAUAUUCAGAAUUUAGCUAAUGUUUAAUAAAAAUCCUACAUUUUACUACAAAACCACAAGAUUUUAGACGUGGCUGCCUCCUGAUUUCAUAAGCCUCCGCCUGAUGCCCUGAUAUCAUUAUGUCUUGGUGUUAAACCCUUUAUGUGCCUGUAAGACAUUUGUAGAAGUGAGAUUAGGCAAAUUAACAUACAUAUGUAUCGCUGGUUCAAACCGUGUUGACCUUAAAGGGACGUACAAUGGCUUUCUCAUCCCUAAAUCGCCCAGGGCUGCCCCACAAGCAUGUGGAUUAUCACCUGGCUUCAAUGGUUUCAGAUGGAUCAUCUUAGUAUUUGCUCCAGACAUGAAUAAUACACCAAUAUCAUCUCUUUGAGGAUAUUUGCCUGUUUGUUUGUGGCCGUCUGCUUCUUUCUCACCUGGCUGUCGUAGCGCGUAUGCGCCGUGUACAAUGCUGGGAGAUGUACAGCCAGAGCUGGCUUCUCUGUGAGGAACCUCAAAGAGUCUGAUCACUGACUUCUCCAUCUCAUUUUAGGCAAAUCAAAGUGUGAAAAGUCUCUCCUGAAGCAAUAUCUCCAUCAUCAGGUUGGGUCAAGAAUGUUUAUGGCUGUGUGUCAUAUUACCUGUAAUCUCUGGAGGAUGAACUGCAGUAUUUCUUACAUCUCUAUGCUCCCAGGAGGGAAAAAAUGCCAAAAUUAUCUUGCAUUGCACCUUUUCCGCAACCUCUCAACGUGGCAAAUCAAAGCCUCAAAACCGUACAUGUCACUGUGCCCAAGGUCACCAGGAGAAAUGAGAAAUCUCUGUAUACUGUACAGUCCAUCCCUAUAUAAACAUGGCACACAGCCUCUGAAGUCUGGCUCUGCUUUUAAGAAGUCCAAGUUUGUUUAAUAGUACAUAAUGCAAUAAGUCGAUGGACCCCUGCCGGAGUUCAGAGAGGCAACGCUUGAAUUAGGUUGGGUGUCGGUAGGUGGAGGCGGCAGACUGGGGGGUAGUUGAGGUAAUCAUGAGUUUUACAGGUGAGAUGAGUGAACUCCACCAGCCCGUCUGGCAAGAACACAUUCAUUACAAUAGCCACAGAGCUCUGCUAUUUGUCCUACGUGUUGGUAUACAUUGUACAUCACUCCCACUGAGGCUGGUGAAAUCCAACCUUGAGGCGUCGCUGUGUGGAGACACACUGGUCUUGUUUAUGUGUGAACAUGUGAUUGUGUAUGUUUGCAAUGCGUAACCUUGUUAUUGCGUCAAGGAGGUCUGAUGCUUCUUUAGCAUCUCAAGAAACUGGUGGUUAUUUUAUUAUCUUCAUAUGUGCGUUUUUAUAAAAUAGCUUUUUCACAUAAUUGCUGUUUUCUCAUGCAGUGUGUGUUCGCGGAGGAUUUUGGACACAUCACAAAUAAAUAAUCCUAAAGAGAAAUAAAUAUGUGUUACUCAAACCAUCAGCCCAUAAAUCAUAGGAAACAUAACACAUGCUGCUUCUGUCGCCAUGAAUCCUCAGUUAAAUGUUACCAGUUAAGGAUUUUGCCCUCACUCUUACGUCGAAUAAAUAAAUAUUUGAAGAUAAAUUUUAAAAAGAAUGUGACUUAGAAACUGAAUGCCUCCACUACAGUUCACCAAUAAGGAUAAAUGAGGUAAACAAAAAUGAACUGACAACAAAACAAGGUAAAAUGUUUGUUCACUUACGUCAUUUAAGUUAAAAGUAUUUCGGUAAUAAAGUAAAUUAAAUACCAUAGAUAUUCCACAGGUCUGAAGAAUAUAUCUUUGACAACUGGAAACAUAGUCCCAGUUUUAUAAAUGCUAGGGUGAAGGUGUGUGUGGUGUUAGAGUGUGAAUCAGGAGCUGAGCUGAGAGAUGCCUCUGCUGACGACAGCCCGUCCGACUCUAAAGCUCCCACUGCUGUCUGAAGGAACUCACUGCACCGGCGCCUCCACACUCACAUUCACUCAUAUAAGAGCCAUUAUGUUAUGAGCCAUGCUCAGACACUACAAAAGGUCUGAGACUGUGCGAUUUUAGAAUAAACACGUUGAAACUUUAGGAUAAACACAACAAGUACAGAUGUUGUGGGCCGACUCCAUCAAAUGUUUGACAAGAUUAGACUUUCUUAAAAGACCCUAUAGCUGCUAGGUAGUCACUGAAAUCAUUAAGUUAAUAACCCAAAACAGGAGGCAUGGGAUUAUUCUAUGAAUCCAUCAAUAAAUUAGAAUAAUGUCACUGAGCAGCCUUUAAAAAUGUUCUUUAAACUGACAUGACAUUUUUUGUUCCAUUUCCAAAUGACCGCUGGCAGAGAUUGCUGGCUCUCAUAUUAAUUCUCAGGUUUUCAAGGGAAAAAAAAUAUAUCUAUCUUGAGUAGAAAUAAUGAAGUUGAAGAGCUGAUGCCCCGAGGAGCAGUCACAAAGAAUUAUAUCUUUCUAUAACACAGGACACAGGCGAAAGAUAAGUACCUGUCAGUUGGCAUACUCUCUGCUACAUGUGCCUAUCAAUAAAAGAGAUUAUUUUCCCCAGUUAUUACAACAAAGAUCUGGGGGGCUCGAAGAUUGCACCUUUAAUGAGAAGGAAUGAUUCCCUCCUGCACACUGCGAGUGAGUGAGCUGUAAUGCCAUCAAUUUCCCCCCCUCUCUCUCUCUCUCUCUCUCUCUCGUGCUCUCUCGAUUUUUACAAGAACUUAUUAAAAUGAAAUAUUGCCAGCAUUAAUUCACAGGGAUUAUUUAUUACAUUUUAACAGGAUUAUGGUGUGCAAAGCUUGAUUUGGGAUUCACACCCUGCAUUGUGAUAUCGUGCUUUAGCAGUGGAAUUCUGCAGACUUGUUGUAAUUAACAGUGGCAAAAUAGAUCAUUUCCAAAUGAUAUGUGUCUCCAUAACUAAUCUCGGUGUAUUGAAAUGUUGGGAUCCUGAGGAAUGCGUUGGGCGGCUGGAGACUUGGGUUUUGCUGGUGCCGUCUGGCAGCAGCUCCUGUUGAGCGCAUGCAGUAGCUGUUUAGCGCCGCACGUGCUAGAGCAUCAGGUGUGGCGCUCGUUCAUCACCGAACAUCACUGAUGCUUUACGUUGUUCUUCCACACGCACUUGUGCAGCCGUAGCGUGACGUCUAUGUGGUCGUUCCGGCAUAAAGAACCCAGGCACCUGGGUGACAGCUGGGACGUCACUGGCGGCGGGCACCUUAUCAUGUCGAGCAGAAAAGCCGACGUUUGCAGAACGCGCCUUUAAUCUCGAAACGUGGCGUCUUGGUGAAACGUGCCAUUAGUUAUACUGAUGAAGGAGCAUGACUUCAUACCUUAAUUGGGAAGUAAUGUGAAGGUCCUCAGAACAAAUCUAUUAUGAAUGGUCCCAUGAGACAUCACACGCAGGGGUCCUUCAGACACCCUGUACUGUUUAGCCGCAUCAUUAUGCUGUGCCUAGUCAUAUUGUGUCGAGGAAAUGUUCCAUCUUCUUUGUUACCACAUAAAGGGGCUACAUUGAAGGUAAUGGCUUUUGAACAUAGUAUUUAUACUGUCUUUGUUUGCUUGUGUGUAGGAUGAAAAUGGGCCCAUAAAAGGAUGUGAAAUAGGGAAAGCAAUCAAAAGUCUGGCCUUCACUCUCACUGUGCUGCUAACAAAAAUGUUACAAGGCUAGGAGCUGCAGACGCGCAGACGUCUUUGCCUGGCUCGCUCUCUCCUUUGAGCCCUUAAGAGGUCUUCCUUUCUAAACGUUCCCUUCAUUAUUCCGCCGUGUCGGAUACUUGGUUUUAUUCGCGUCCCUCUCCUGCGGAGCCGACGGGCGUCCGAGUUACCGGCAGCAAUUAAAAGUGCUAGCAAGAACGCGGAGCCGCGGCAGCACAUGUGGCGGAGACGGAGGUAGGGGUUGAAGGGGGUGGGUGGGGGGGGAUCUGGAUCUUUCAGCGCGUUAAUUCAACCACAUUACAGUAGUUUGCAUGAAAAAUAAAGUGGGUCAAGUGGAACAGUGGCCUUUGACAGGCCUUUUCAACCAGGAGUGAACCCUGGGAAUAGCAGCGGGUUUUUUUUUUUUUUUUGCC